AUGAAACGUAUCUUACUAUCACUUUCAUUGCUGGCUGCAUUACCGGCACUGGCGCAGGACCAGAUGACUCCCGAGUUGCUCUGGAGCCUAAAACGUGUAAGUGCCAAUGAGCUGAGUACUUCCGGCAAAACACUGUACUACUCCGUAAAACAGGUCGACUGGAAGACGGAGAAGAGUACGGUGAAGCAUUAUCGAAUGAAUCUCUCUGUAGAAGGUGGCAAGGAAAUUACUUACAAGUCCGGUCUGUCCGUUAUUCAGCGAAAUGGUAAUACCUGGUACGCACUCGAUAACGGGAAGCUGGUACGCAGCGAGAACCGUGGUGAUAACUGGAAGGUGAUCUAUUCCAACCUGGAAGGCGCCAAUGAUAUCCGCAUCUCACCAGACGGCAAGCAUAUUGCUUAUUCAAAAGAAGUGCUGAUCCGCAAAAUGGAUGGUACCGACCUGUAUCCGGACCUGCCCAACACGACUGCUAAAGUAUACCGCGACCUGAAUUUUCGUCAUUGGGAUACCUGGGAAGACGGCAAGUACUCCCAUAUUUUCAUAGGCCCCAUCUCCGAUGAUCGUGCUACCGUAGAUAUUAUGGGCAACGAGCCUUAUGAUGCACCACAAAAGCCUUUUGGUGGAGCCGAAGACUUUAUCUGGAGUCCCGACAGUAAAGGCCUGCUGUACGUGUCUAAGAAAAAAGAAGGGAAGGAUUAUGCACAAAGUACCAAUACCGACCUGUACUACUAUGAGCUGGCUACCGGUGAAACAAUCAACUGGACGGCAAAUAUGAUGGGCUAUGAUACCAAUCCUUCUUUCAGCCCCGAUGGGAAAAGAGUAGCCUGGGUAAGCAUGAAGCGCGAUGGUUUUGAAAGUGAUAAGACAGAUAUCUAUGUAAUGGACCUGGAUCGUAAAAGCAUGAAUAAGCUCAACCUCACUUCUGGCUGGGAUGGUGCUGUCAACGAUUUUUGCUGGAGCAAGGAUGGCAACCGUAUUUUCUAUAAUGCCGCCUGGCGUGGUACCGUUCAGUUGUUUGACGUGCAGGUACCGCAAAACCUGCAUGUGCGUAUGAUGCCCGCAGUAAGCAAGAUCACCGAGGGGAUUUUUGAUGUGAACGGCAUAGUUGGGCAGGCUGCUGAUGGUAGUGUGAUCAUAAGCCGCACGGAUAUGAACCAUGCUGCCGAAUUAUUUGCAGUGGAUAUUGCCAAUGGCAACAUGCGCAGCUUAACGCAGGAAAAUGCUGCUGUUUAUGAUAAGAUCACGCCCAGCGAAACAAAGCUGCGUAUGCAAUCUUUUAUAGGCAAAGGCUUCCAUUUAAAACAUCUUUUCGGUAAUUUCGCAGCACUUUUAAAAAUUUACGCUUCCAUGGCUUUUGAUCUUGAUCUCAUCCAACGCGUUUACGAGGAAAUGCCUGCCAAAAUUGACCAGGCCCGCAAACUCGUAGGACGCCCGCUAACACUUGCUGAAAAAAUUCUUUAUUCUCACACCCAUGAGCCCGCAACCCGUGCUUAUGAGCGUGGUAAGAAUUAUGUAAACUUUUCACCCGACCGCGUAGCGAUGCAGGAUGCGACGGCUCAGAUGGCCCUCCUUCAGUUUAUGACGGCUGGUCGUGACAAAGUAGCAGUACCCAGUACGGUACACUGCGAUCACCUGAUCCAGGCUAAAACCGGUGCUGUGUCUGACCUUACGACCGCUAAUGAAGUAUCAUUCCACCAGGUAGUGCUGGAAAACUAUGCGUUUCCGGGCGGUAUGAUGAUUGGUACUGAUAGCCAUACGCCAAAUGCAGGUGGCCUGGGUAUGAUUGCCAUCGGUGUGGGUGGCGCAGAUGCGGUGGAUGUAAUGGCUGGCCUCGCCUGGGAGCUGAAGAUGCCUAAACUGAUCGGUGUAAAGCUGACCGGCAAGAUGAGUGGCUGGACCAGUGCCAAGGAUGUAAUUUUGAAAGUAGCUGGUAUCCUGACCGUAAAGGGCGGUACCGGUGCUAUUGUUGAAUAUUUUGGUGAGGGUGCCGAUAGCCUGAGCUGUACCGGUAAAGGUACCAUCUGUAACAUGGGUGCAGAGAUCGGGGCUACGACCUCGUUGUUUGCUUAUGAUGAUAAGAUGGGUGCUUACCUGCGUUCUACGGAUCGUGAAGCUGCCGGUGCCAGGAAUAUCCGUAGCAGGAUGGCGGCAAAAAUACUGGCCUGUCAACCUGUAGCCCCUGCGACUAAUGAGGUUGCCGACAUUGCCACCGCUCCUGAAAUAAUCAUUAUCAAUGAACGCGGGCAUACCAUUGAAACGCGGUUCAAUCCACCAGCGGGAUAUACAAGAACAGGUGAAGCCGCCGGCUCCUAUGGUUUAUUCCUGCGUCAGUCGCCCUUGCAGCCGCAUGGCAGUGAAGUGCAUUUUUUUAAUGGCGGCGUCAAGCAGAACCCGGGUAUCUAUUCGGCAGUACUGACGUAUGAUGUCGGAACGAGCGAUUUACAACAAUGUGCCGAUGCGGUGAUGCGGUUACGGGCGGAAUAUUUGUUUAGCCAGGGGCUGCAUACUAAAAUUCACUUUAACCUGACGAAUGGCUUUAAGGCUAGUUUUAAGGAGUGGGCCCAGGGAAACAGGCUGCGUGUCAACGGUAAUAAAACCGACUGGGUGCCAGCCGCAGCUCCUGCAUCCGACCACGCCUCCUUAAGGCAAUACCUGGAUGUUGUUUACACCUUCGCCGGCACCUUGUCCUUAGCCAAAGAGCUGGUCUCUGUUCCUUACACCGAUAUGAAGAUCGGGGAUGUGCUGAUCGUGGGCGGAUCGCCGGGCCAUGCCGUAACGGUGAUGGAUAUGGCGGUCAACAAAGCCGGUAAAAAAGUAUUCCUGCUCAGCCAGAGUUAUAUGCCGGCCCAGGAGAUACAGUUCAAUCACGGUGAUCUCCGGCAUAAUGCCCAGCCGUCCGGGAUAACCCAGGAAGCCAAAGCCACGGUUUACAUACAGGAAUUGCUCACCUUCCUGGCCUUUAAACGAUUCGGGCAGGGAAGCAAAGGGCAGUUUUACACGUCGUAUCCGAUAGUUGUACCGAUUGGUGAUACCAAACAGGAAACCACCUAA